AUGGCAUUUCUAAUAGCUGCUCACAUGGUUUUCACUUUCGGCAUUCUUGGAAACAUCGCGUCGUUCUUCGUGUACAUGUCACCGGUGCCUACAUUUUACAAGAUUUAUAAGAGAAAAUCGUCAGAAGGAUUUCAGUCAAUUCCUUAUUCAGUUGCUUUAUUCAGUGCAAUGUUGUAUUUGUAUUAUGCUUAUUUGAAGAAGAAUAUGAUAUUGCUUAUAACCAUAAACAGCUUUGGAUGUAUCAUGGAAUUAUGUUUUCUGAUCAUCUUCACGGUAUAUGCAAACUAUGAAUCGAAGAUUUAUACCACAAAGAUUCUCUUCCUGUUCAACACAGUAGCAAUGGGUUUGAUCGUUGGAUGCACAUAUUCUCUAUCAGAAGGGCAUAAGAGAGUGACAAUUGUUGGAUGGAUAUCUUCGGUUUUUUCUCUCUGUGUUUUUGUUGCUCCACUUGGUAUUGCGAGGCGAGUGAUAAAGACAAAGAAUGUUGAAUACAUGCCAGUUCCUCUCUCAUUAUUUCUCACACUAUCUGGUGUCGUAUGGUUCUUCUAUGGUCUUUUCAUCAAGGAUUUCUUCAUAGCUGCUCCAAAUGUUGUUGGAUUUUUAUUCGGAAUAGCGCAGAUUAUUUUAUAUUUAAUCUACAAGGACAAGGACUGA